CAAAAUAGUGAAUUUCUCACUUCCUCCGUCUAUUUCCUCCCAAAAUAAUUCAGAUGCAGCCGUAUCCUUUCUCUCUCCCCUUCUCUCUCACAUGUUCAUUCGGUGAUUAUCUUUACAAUAUAUAAAAUUCUUAGAUACAUUCAUCCAGACAUAUAUCCUAUAUCCAUAUAUUUAUAUACAUAUACAUAUACAUAUACAUAUACUCUUCAAAUUUACACACCCAGAUAUACUAUUUUUAUAUGGGUUUCCUCGUGAUCUGUGCAAAGUCUACGUGACUUUCUUGGUGGGUUUGGUGUUUACUUCAAUUAUUGAUCAUACCCAUCUUCCAAGAUCGAUUUUUACAUUAUAAAAGAUUUGAUCGUUUACAGAAGGAAAAAAGAGUGUGUGUGAUUCAAGAACUCGGUAACUAAAUGGAAUGAAGUUUUCUGGAGGUUUGUUUUCUUUGGAUUGGAGUAAUUGCAGGUUUAAAAGCUGCUGUUCCUCCUGCUUUUUGGGGGUUUGGGAGAAACAGAAGAAUUUGAUAUGGUAAAAGGUUUGGACCUCUCAAUUUCUUGACGAUUCGAUGGGGAAUUACUUGUGACAAGAAUGGAUCCUCAAGCUUUUAUCAGGUUGUCAAUAGGUUCACUCGGAUUACGGUAUCCAGAAACGCAUCAGAAAUCCACAAAACCAGGAAUCCACGCUUUCUCGUCUCCAUGUACAUGUGAAAUUCGUCUCCGAGGUUAUCCACCUCAAAUCGCAACAAUCCCACUCUUAUCUUCUCCUGAAGCUACACUAGAUUCCCAUAACAUUGCCUCCAGUUUUUAUCUAGAAAAAUCCGACUUAAAAGCAUUAUUGGAGCCCGGGUGUUUCUAUACUCCGCAUGCAUGUCUAGAAAUCGUUGUCUUCACGGGUCGCAAGGGCUCCCACUGUGGGGUUGGGGUUAAACGACAACAGGUUGGAACGUUUAAAUUGGACGUGGGUCCGGAAUGGGGCGAAGGUAAGCCCAUCGUUCUUUUUAGUGGUUGGAAGGGUAUCGGGAAGAUGAAACAAGAGACCGGGAAAUUUGUAGCGGAGCUACAUUUGAGAGUCAAGUUGGAUCCGGAUCCGAGAUAUGUUUUUCAAUUCGAAGAUGAAACGAAAUUGAGUCCUCAGAUUGUUCAGAUUCAAGGGAACAUUAAGCAGCCGAUUUUCAGUUGCAAAUUUAGUCAAGACAGGGUGCCGCAGGUAGAUCCAUUGAACAACUACUGGUCGAGUUCCGGUGAUGACCUGGAUCAAGAACCCGAAAGACGAGAAAGAAAGGGUUGGAAAGUGAAAAUACACGAUUUGUCAGGUUCGGCUGUAGCAGCCGCAUUCAUGACCACGCCCUUUGUCCCUUCAACCGGUUGCGAUUGGGUCGCCCGAUCGAACCCGGGUUCAUGGUUGAUCGUCCGUCCGGACGCCUUCCGACCCGAAAGCUGGCUCCCGUGGGGCAAACUCGAGGCCUGGCGUGAACGUGGCAGCAUCCGAGACUCCAUUUUCGUGCGUUUCCACCUUUUAUCAGACGGCCAAGAUGGUGGAGAGCUGCUAAUGUCGGAAAUACUCAUAAACGCUGAACGGGGUGGCGAGUUCUUGAUAGACACAGACCGGCAGGCUAGCUCGAACUCCAACAUUCCAAGCCCACAAAGCAGCGGCGAUUUUGCAGGUCUAAGUCCAGCGGCUGGCGGGUUCGUUAUGAGUUGCAGGGUUCAGGGAGAAGGGAAGAGGGGGAAACCAGUUGUUCAGUUGGCAAUGAGACAUGUAACUUGUGUGGAAGAUGCUGCCAUUUUUAUGGCGCUAGCGGUGGCCGUCGAUCUGAGUAUUGAGGCUUGCCGGCCGUUUAGAAGAAGGAUGAGAAGGGGAAACCGCCAUUCGUGGUGAAGUUAUAAAUGUUUGGAUUGGUGUAAUAUUUGUACAGGAUUUCAGUUGUUUCUACUUGGAAAACUUUUUUCAGAUCUAUGGGUUAGUAUUUAGUAAUGUGAUUUAACUACAACUU